GUGGAGCAGAAGCCCGGCCACAAGAGGGAGCACCAGGAGAACCACGUCGCGCAGAUGACCAAGUCCAUCCAAAACCAGGCGAGCCAGAACCCACCGGGGGUGCACCAGAACCAGGGCAACCACCAGACCAACCAGAACAACCGGGAGAACAACCGGGAGAACCUCUCGCCGACCAGCAGAAUCCCGAACCAUGGGAUUGUCGGUCAGACCAAUGGGAUAGGGCACCAUAAGAAGAACCAGCAAAACCAGAGCCAGAACCAGCACCACCAGGACUGGCGCCCCGAGGACGGUCCCAAGGCCCACGAAGAGGUCCUCUACGAGGCGGGGCCUGUCCUUAACGACGGGAAACACUCCCUGCUACAGUACGCGAUGUUGAACUUCCGCCAGAGCACCGAGAAGUUCGAGAUGCUGAAGACCGCCGAUGGAUCCAUCAGCGGAUCCCUGAAGGUGAUCGAGUCGCUGAAGAGCAAGAAGAAGAGCAAGAAGGGCAAGGGCCAGGUCAGCGAUGGCGCCGAGUGGACCUGGAAGGAACAAGUGGACCUCGUCAAGUACUCGGCGGUACCCAUUGAGCAGAGUCUCCUCAGGCUCGACGUGGAGCUCAGCACCCUGGCCGUCGAGUGCUUCCUCUGCCUCAUGAGGUACAUGGGGGACCAACCUCUUCCCGUGGACAUGAGCGAGGUCAACUGCGUCUACACGAUCCUCAUGCAUUGUCACGAGUACGAGCCCUUGCGGGACGAGGUCUACUGUCAGCUGAUGAAGCAGACGACGAAUAACAAGAGCCUGAACGCCGAUAGCUGCCAACGAGGGUGGCGACUCUUCAGCAUCGUCGCGGCGUACUUCACCUGCAGCGAGGGCCUCCGACCGUACCUGACGAAGUACCUGGAGACCGCAGCCUACGACAAGAGGCGCGCCUACCACGGGACCGCCACGGUGUGUCUGCAGAACCUGAGGAAGACCGUGAAAUAUGGCGGGAGGAAGAGCGUCCCCAGUGUCGAGGAGAUCAUGGCGAUCAGCGCCGGAAGGAACGCGAAGAGGCAGAUCUACCGACUCCCGGGUGGAACGGAACGAGUGAUCAACACCAAGUGCACCACCGUCGUGCAGGACGUCAUCGAGGAGAUGUGUAGCGCCAUCUCCGUGAGGAACCCGAACGAAAUGGACGAGUUCUCGCUCUACUGCAUCGUGGACGGAGACGCGUUCAACAUGCCCCUCGCCAGGGGCGAGUACGUCCUGGACGUGACGACCGAGCUGCACAAGAACCACCUGAUGUUCUGUCUGAUAUUCUGCAGGUCCGUCUGGUACUUCCCCUUGAGGCUGGACACGCCGCUCUACAUAGAGGUGGUCUUCAACCAGAUAGUGCCGGACUACUUGGAGGGUCUUCUCCUGGUGAUCCCCGGGGAGCACCUAUCUCAGGAGGUGAUCUACGACAUGGCCCAGGUCGCGGCUCUCCUCCACCGAGCAGCGGACAUGACCCACGAGCCCUCGACCAAAGACAUCAAGUACUUGCUGCCAAAGCCGGCGUUGAGUCUGAGGGACCCCAGGCCCCAGCAAUGGGCGAACAUGGUCCAGCAAGCCUGGACCAGCGUCCAGCACAUUUCCGCCGCCGGGACCAAAGCCCAAGUCCUAGAGAUCCUGUCCAAGUGGCCGCUCUUCGGGUCGAGCUUCUUCGCGGUGAAGAGGGUCCCUGAGGGCAAGGAAAAGGGAGGAGAUCACAUCCUGGCCCUGAACCGCCACGGCGUCCACUUCAUCGACCUCGUCACCCACGAGACCCUGUACCACUACCCCUACUCCGAGGUGAUAUCGACGAGGAAGGUGAAAUCCGAAGAGGGGACCCUGUAUCUGGACAUGAAGUGCGGCAACCUGAUGCAGCAGAGGAUCACCAGGUUGCAGACCGAGCAGGCCCACGAGAUAUCCCGACUAAUCCGUCAGUACAUCACGAUGGAGCAAAGGACGACGAAUGGACAGGUGACAGGAGUCGGUUUCGGCCUGAGAUAGACCGAGGAAGAUCCUUCGAUCCGAGCUCGU